AUGGAGCUAGAACUAUUCGAUGUAUGGGGGAUUGACUUCAUGGGGCCUUUCCCAUCCUCCUACUCAAAUAGUUAUAUACUUGUGGCUGUAGAUUAUAUGUCAAAGUGGGUGGAGGUUAUUGCCACUGCCACAAAUGAAAACAAGGCAGCCUUCAAGACUCCCAUUGGGAUAUCACCAUACAAACUGGUAUUUGGCAAGGCUUGCCACUUGCCAGUUGAACUGGAGCAUAGAGCCUUUUGGGCUCUAAAACUACUAAAUUUUGAUGAGCGAGCUGCUGGAGAAAAGAGGCUAAGGCAACUCAACAAGAUGGAAGAAUUUAGGAACCAAGCAUAUGAAAAUGCAAAGAUCUACAAAGAGAACACAAAAAGAUGGCAUGAUCAAAAGAUAGCAAGGAGAGAGUUCACUGAAGGACAAAAGGUGUUAUUGUACAAUUCUAGACUUAGGUUCUUCCCUGGGAAGCUUAAGUCUAGAUGGUCUGGACCCUUCACCAUCAUCAAAGUGUACCCCUAUGGUCCAGUGGAGCUUAUGGAGGACAAAACACAAAGAACCUUCACUGCAAAUGGCCAUAGACUCAAGCAUUACCUGUGGGACUCACUAGAUGAAAGGAGAGUAAGCUACCACCUCAACUGA